AUGCGCUGUCGAGGUAAACUGGUAGAUGAGUCUGCGGGGGAUCACGGAGUGCAUUGUUCAAGCAAGCUGCAGAUUCAAGCCAGUCGUGGCCGAUGCCCUCCCGAGCAGUCACAUCACGGCAAUGCUUCCAAAAUGCAACCAGCUCUAGCUCUUCUCAUGGUAUGCUCUGUCGAUAUGAAUUCGCCCAUAUUUCCAUACGUCACUAUUCCUGCCGCUCGUCCCAUCAACUCCAUUAAACCAAUCCAUGCCCUCUUCAUCCUUCCGUAUCCCGUUAUAGAUGUCGCUUACCCCGUCGCGUUCUCCUCCGAGAGUCAUUAG